CCUGUUCCCACUUUUAUCUCCAUGACGCCUGUCGUAAUAUUAACAGAGUACAGGGGAACAAAAUCUGCUCAAACUAAACCCCAAGUUUCGCGUGUAAAACCGUCAUUUUCUCUUUUCUCAACUUAAUUUUUAAGUACAUCGUGUCUGAAGCUGUGGGUUGUUUGUAAAAUCGCACCUGCGACUUCGUAACGGUAUAAGUAAAAUUAAUUCACUUUUAACGUGUAAAUAACUUGAAAAAAAAAAUCCAACUUUGCCGCGCACGACACACGUAAAUUACACUUUUCCAUGACGUGUAUAAAACAUAUGAACCAUUUUUUGCCUUUUUCUUUUAAACUUAGAAACUUUUUUCAAAACGCCUUUUAGCUCUUAAACCUCUUCCGUCUGCUUCGGACUCGCGUACUACUACCACGCUUUGGGAAAACUUUGGUGCCGGUGCCAGCUAUUUCCCAGGAAAAUGUGACUGUUAGGAAUUCCCCACGCAUCAGCCCCCGCCGGAGAAAACCUCGACCUUGUGUCAGCAAGCACACGAAAGCAGCGGGAGGGUGUAGAUGCUUCAGGCGCAGCAGGGCCCAGCCUCCGUGUCAGAGAGGGACGAGGCUGCUCCCACCUGGGCCACAGGACUCCUCUGAAACUUGGCUCAUGGUCUCUCUCUGAGCAAGAACUGCUCAGGCCAUUUUGUGAGGUGAAACUGAGUCUGUCUGCGCUGGAGUAGUCAUUGCUGGGAUUUUUUUAGGCUGCUCUUUGACUUUUGAACUCCACUACCAUGACGACAGCAGUACAACCCAGUGAACUGGUGUUUGAAUUUGCCAGCAAUGGGAUGGACGAAAUCAAUCAGGUGUGCAGUUAUCUCUUCCCCACACCCGGGUCUGAAUCCUGUGGAGCAGGCUUGAUUUUGGACGACCCGUCAGUAUUCCCAGCGGUGAUUGUUGAGCAAGUUCCCGCAGCCGAUCUGUUGCAAGUAUACUCGGGGCUCGAGUCCGAUGAGGUGACCAACGGUAUCAUGGUGGAUACCACUCUCCAUGUGGUUGAGGAACCAUCCAUCUUGGAAGGAGGAGUGGAUCUCACAGAAACAACAGUCUCAGGCACAGAGGACAGCAUGGAGACAAAUGAAGCAGCGGCGGCUCUUCUUAACAUGGAGUCUCCGAACAACAUUUUGGAUGAGAAGCGUAUGCUUCACACCUAUGGCACUCUGCUUGAGCCAGACCUGACAUAUGCCCCACUGAGGCCUGACCAGAUGGACAGUGUUGCCCUUGACAUGUCCGUAGACGAGGACACCUCAUCUAUGGAUGAGAUUCCCCAAAAAUUUCCCUUAAAACCUCAGAAAAAAACCAAAGUGCGAAAGCCGCGGGCGGUCCGUCCCUGCUCUCCCAUCACCACCCCUAACCUACCACUCAGGAAGAAGAGCAAAGAGGGCAAAGGCAAUACCAUCUACCUGUGGGAAUUCCUUCUGGCCUUACUGCAGGAUAAAAACACCUGUCCCAAAUACAUCAAGUGGACACAGCGGGAGAAAGGCAUCUUUAAGCUUGUGGACUCCAAGGCUGUCUCAAAGCUGUGGGGCAAACACAAGAACAAACCUGACAUGAACUAUGAGACCAUGGGAAGAGCUCUCAGAUACUACUAUCAGAGAGGCAUCCUGGCUAAAGUGGAGGGGCAGAGGCUGGUCUAUCAGUUUAAGGAGAUGCCAGCUGACCUCGUGGUGAUUGAGGAUGAAGAGACGGGUUCUGAUGCCAAUGUCGGCUACGGAAACCAGAGAUCGACCAAUGGGCGGUCUGUGGUUCGUGGAGGGUCCAAAGGGCACGGAAGAGCUCAUGGUCAGCAGCACGUCUCGGCAAAACAGAUGAAGAAAGAGCCAAACAAUGAAUGUCUCUACCAGGAAGCUAAUGGUGCACAGGCUGAGCAGCUCCUCCAGUCUGUUCAUAUGCUGCAAGCCAACCAAGGGGCCGGAGUCCAGGAAACAGCACAAGCUUUAAGGACCAUUAGCACCCCUGCAUCAGUUCCUAUGGUCCUGACAUCUUCUGGCUCGCUUCAGUCUGUUCCCCUCACUGUUCUAGCCAACGGGGACUCCAGCCACUCCCCUUCUCGGGUUAUUCUCCACACCAUGCCCUCCACGACAGCAGGUGGUAAAGAUGUGCUUACCAUCCAUACGGCUUCUAUAGCAGGUGGGGCUAACAGCCUGCAGGAUGGCCUCCCGCAGCAGCUCUUGGUCACCAGUCUGGGCUCAUCUGCCUCCUCCUCCUGCACUUCCCCUCCAGGAGUCAUUAGUUCCACCGCUUCCAACCUCAAUGGUCUCCCCCGCCUUGUCACCAUUAACACCACCUGCGGGCAGACCAUGGUGGCACAGCAGCCCGGCACCGUAAUUGCCACUGUGCUCAAAUCUAGCGACCUCUCAGGGCUGCAGGUGAAAGAGGAGAUGCUGGACCCCAGCUACUUUCAGUCGAUGGUGAACGGCGAUCCAUCACUGGCUGCACAUACGUUUGAAAAAGAAGAGAUGGAAGCAGGGGAGGCGGAGCUGCAGUACAGGACUGUUAUCAUUGAUACCAGUCAAAGCCAGGGCCCGGAGGGCGCAAGUGAAACUAUAAUUAAUGGACAUUCCUCUCAGAGCAGCAGCCCUAGUGAGGGUCUGACCCCUGUGGAGGAGCUGGAAGUGCGUGGAGAGAUGUCCCUGCAGCCUGAGCAGGGAAUCAAAGGCCUGCAGGAGCUGCCAGUGUCUGUUCAAUUGCCUGCAAACUUUAUCCAGAUAAAGACAGAACCUGCGGAGGCUUAGUGCUGCAGGACUCUUCAACAAAAGCUGAACCAAAAUUGAAUCCAUUUUGACUGCAGACUUAAUAUUUUCUUUUCCUACCACAGUGAUCUGAUCAAAGAUCAGAACGAGGGAUCUUGCAGCUUUUAAAGGUUGGUCAGUUCAGCCUCAGGAUUUAUUGUUUACCAACAUAUUUUGUGACCAUGUGCCUAAUUUUAAAAAUCAAGGGAGUGUUUAGUUUUUUUAAGAAGUAACUUUUCAGAUUUAGGAUUUUCUUUUUCUGUAGACACAAUUCCCAACACACAUACACACACACACACACACACACACACACACACACAUGCACACAUAUGCACACAUGCACAAACACAAAAUGCUUUUUUUUCCCUCUAGGAGAGUAGCCAUUGGAUAAACCAGGGAUCCCUGUCCACCAAAUGUGCCAGUUAGCUGUUUUUUUUAGACUUUUCAUCUCACUGGACUCACGUGUUUAAAGAAGAACGCAAGAAACCAAAAACCGGGGACUGAAUGCCAAAUGGUGCAAUGACAUGAGACAUCUGACAAUGUGUGAGUGUACCUGACCUUUACAUCGGGUACGAGUUACUUUUCGCACAGAUGAGGAAAGGAUGUUGUGUCUGCUGGAAAAAAAAGAAAACCCACACAUCUCGGAGUUUAAUUGAAGAGUGCCUUACCGGAAGUUCAGAACAGUUUAAGACCGUUUGUUGGAAACAUCUGCGUAAGGGAUGAAAAACGGACUAAAUGCCUUCACAGACUUUCAGACUUCCAAGAAGUUAUUACGCAUUUAUUUUCAUAUAAACAAAAUAGGUAUGCAUUCACUCUCUAAUACCCCUGGCCUUAAAACACUGUGUUACUAUGGAAAUGGGCAUUUUCCGUCUACCAAGGACAGUGUAACAUCAGAACUGUUUGUAUAGAGCUGCAGACCGAAGGCACUGCAAGAUAGGGAGGCACAAAUGGAGAGAAAGAAUACACGGGAUAAAACAGAUUUUAUCAGUCUCUGCCUCAGAGGCUCCGAGGUUUAAAUCCUGUUGUUAUAAAAUGGAAUAUAUAUGAAUCUAUAGAUAUAAAUAAAUAUAUAUAUAUACAUAUAAUAUACAAUUGAGAUUCAAUUUUAAGGCCACAGUGAAUUUAUUUAUUUUGUGAAUUCCUAAAUUCUGUGUAAAAACCAGGCACAUUUGUUUUCUAUUUACAUGUAAAAACCUGAGGGGAAAUACAAAGAAUAUGAACGUUAAUACCAGGAGGCUUAUUUGGUAGUUUUUUGUAAGACCAACAUUUUUCAUUUGUAUAGCUUUCCAUAUAAUCAGCUUUGGUAUUUCCUUGAGUUUUGGACUCGAGUGCUCAAUGCAGCAUGAUUACUCCACUGUUAUAUUCUCUUAUAUCCUCUGAUUUAAACAUGUACUGAAUGUUCUUUUCAUUCCUUCUUAUCAGCGGACAUACCUCUUUACCUUUUUUAACAGUCAAGCAGGCGAAACUAUGCAUUCAAAUAUAUAUUCGCUGUGUGUGUGCUGUAUAAAGUAUCAAAUGUAACAAUCCACAUGCCUUCGAAAUCCUAUCUCUGAUUUCGUCAUUUGUUUGGUACAAAGAGAUACCAGUGCUGUUUUUUUUGUUUUGUUUCAAGCUUUGCUCCUUUUUUCCCCCUCCUUUCUCUUUCUCCUCUCCACUCCUCUCUGUCACCUUGUUACCUCUUGUCUGGUUUUCUCUCCUCACCUCCUCCUCGACUGCUCUCGGCUCGGGUCAGUCGAGUCUGUGCCUUCUUUAUUUGCUGUCCCACUUGGUUAAGAACCUCUCAGGCCAGCCAUCCGAUUGGCCCCUUGGUCCUGCCGGGGAUGAAGCCAUAUUGAUCCUGAGUGGUAUCCCGGCUAAAUUGGUUGUAUUUUUCAGCCGGACUGUAGCUGCAGAGUGAGGACAUUCAGACAUACUGACCUCCAUCUGCACUGGCACCUAAGGACAGGUGUUAAACGCUACUUUACAACCUCACAUCAGCCAAACGGGCUCUGGGUCUGUAAAGACACUCUGAAUGUAUACUUGUUUUUAAAGUACAUGCUUUUUUUUUUUUUUUUUAAAGUACAUGCAGCCAAUAAGUACACUGGGUUACAUUUGCAUUAAAAUCUGUCAGUCUAGGGAUUUGCUGCCUUGUUUCCUUUGUAUAUAUUCCUGUAUCUACCCUUCCCUUUUCUCCGAGCACUGUUUUACUGUCUGUGAAACGUUGAGGUAUGUCCACUGCUUAUGUUUUUGUUGCUUCUUAUGACUUGGGUUAUCAAUGGCCUCCUUUAUGCUGAAUAUAGAAUAGAUUUUUAAGAAAAAGUCAAUAUGCUAAUUAAAUACAAAAUCUUAUCUUUU